GAAAAAAAAGCCCAAGGCUAUUUUUCUCACUUUCUACAUCUCGGGAACCUUUCGAUAAUGAAGAUCACUGUCAAGUCACGUAACCCAAAGUCAUCAAAGUUUCCUCUGACUCUUGAGCUUCCUGGCGAUGCUUCAACUGUCAAGUUGGAAGAUCUCGCCAAGGCUCUACAAGCAAAGUUACCCAAGUACUACCCUGAUCGCCAACGAUUGACAACCGAAGAUAAAAAGGCUCUAAAUCUCGACCAAACUUUGGCUCAACAGGGUCUCUCUGACGGCUCUGUUGUCCUGUUCAAGGACCUUGGUCCUCAAAUUGGAUGGCGUACCGUGUUUUUGAUCGAAUACGGUGGCCCUCUCCUUGCCAAUCCUAUCUUUUACUAUCUUCCCAAACUCGUGUAUGGAGCGGAAUUUACUCACUCACCUAUGCAGAAGGCUGUUUACGCUAUGGUCAUGCUCCAUUUCCUCAAGCGUGAAUUGGAAACUAUCUUUGUUCACCGUUUCUCACACGGUACUAUGCCGUUUAGAAAUGUCUUCAAGAAUUCCGCUCACUAUUGGUUCCUGUCAGGCUUUAACCUUGCUUACUGGAUCUAUGGUCCCUGGUUUGCUGCUGGUAAAGCUGCUGCUGUCCGAAGUGAUGUUUGGUUGUAUGGAUCUAUUGCUGUUUGGGCUUGGGCUGAAAUUUCAAACUUGUUGAACCACAUCACUUUGCGCAACCUUCGCCCUGCUGGCACCCGCACGCGUGCCAUUCCCUAUGGCUAUGGAUUUGACCUUGUCUCUUGCCCCAACUACUUUUUCGAAACCAUUGCAUGGCUUUCUGUUUGCUUCUUGAGCACUAGCUGGAGCGCUUUCCUUUUCACCUUUGUUGCUGCUGCUCAGAUGUACGUUUGGGCCAUCAAGAAGCACAAGGCUUACAGAAGAGAGUUCCCGCAAUACCCAAAAAACAGACGUGCCAUGUUCCCAUUCCUUGCUUAGACGCUUUAACCCAUAUUUUUGAAAUACACGCUCAUGUGCAACUGAGUAAAUGAAUUAGAUAAAAAAUAACUUGUAUUUUUCUGUUCUGUAAAAAUGUUUGUUAUGACGAGAUGGAGGGUUUUGC